AUGGAGUCCAUGUCGCGCCGCCCGUCGCAGCGCCAGAACAACGAUCACAGUCCUCAAGAAUCCUCGCCACAAGCCACAUCCUCCCUCCAAGAAAGCAGCGUGCUAGUCGACCGUCCAUCACCCGAAGCGCCUUCGACCCCACAACUACCAGACGAUAACGACCUGAAGAAAUGCUGGAUCUGCUUCUCAGACGAGAGUGAAGAUGGUCCCGAGACGUCGGCCUGGAGAGACCCUUGCCCUUGUGCCCUGGUAGCACACGAGGCUUGUCUGCUCGACUGGAUCGCCGACAUGGAGUCUCCCACCACCCGCAAACGCACUCUCGGUCCACCCGCCAUCGUAUGCCCUCAGUGUAAAUCUAGUAUCCAACUAGUACGCCCUCGCGAUCCCAUCGUCGAAGUUGUCAGAGCGCUUGAGAGACUGGCUGCCAAAGCCGUAGCCCCAGCCGCCUUGACAGUUGCCUUCAGUGCUGUUGUCCACGCUUGCGCUGUUCACGGUCUCUACACCGUCACCUCCAUAUUCGGUCCCCAAGACUCGAGACGAAUCCUCCAGCCCCUGAUUGACAACAUCUGGACAUCAACUCGUCCUAUCGAUCAGCUGCGCAACUUCAUGCAGCACUGGCGCCUCCGAAUCGGCCUUCCUCUCAUCACACCACUCCUCAUUCUCUCACGAACCACUCUCGCAGACUCUCUCCUUCCCGUACUUCCCAUCGUCUUCUUCGCCACCCAAGGCGACACUUCCGAUACUCUCGACAUGAUCUCCUGGCCGCCGUCAGCAAGUAUGACUUUUGCCGUCCUCCCCUACAUCAGAUCCGCCUACAACACGUACUAUCAACGCGUUUGGUCGGAACGGGAGAAGAGAUGGCUCAAAGAGAUUCAACCCAGAAGUGGUCAGCAGGAUGCAGACGCAAACGCUCAAGUCGCCGUCGAUGCAGAGAUCGAGGCUGCCGAGGAAGACAACAACUUUGAAAUUAGAAUUGAUGGCAACAUCUGGGAAGACUGGGCAGGCGGCGAGGACGAUGAUGUCUUAUUGGAAGUGCAGGAAGGUCAAGCUCAUCCACUCAACGCACCACCAUUGCCUGAUGAUGCUCCGCUACCUCCUCAGAACCAAAACAUACCACAACAACCUCAACCACCUCGACCGCAGCAGAUCCGUCCGCCACCACCGCCGCAAAACAGAGAAGAGCGUUUGCUCUCCUUCAGCACAAAUUCACUCGCUCAAACUAUCAUGUCCGCGCUUCUCUUCCCCACAAUCGCAUCGGUGUCUGGUGAUUUACUCACAUACAUCCUGCCACGCUCAUGGACCACUCUUCCGAUGUCAAAAUGGGGCAUGGGUAGAGGUAGAGCCACAGGUCUACUUCAAAACAAAUGGGGCAGAAGUGUCGUAGGAGGAUGUCUGUUCGUGGUUGUCAAGGAUGCUGUCAUGCUCUAUGUCCGAUGGAAGAUGGCGAGACAGCACCAAAGACGACAUGUGGUCGACUAUGACAGGAAGAACAAGAAGUAG